CAACGCGCUCUCGUUCCCGGCAUGCACUGGGGAGCUGUAUUGUACUGAGGAAGCUUUUGCACGGGGAAAUCGAGUAGGUGCUGUGGCGCGAGCGCAGGGAAUCUCCUCAUUCUGAUCCUCAUCCCAGAAAAUUAUCUACAAAAAAAAAAAAAAAAGGAAAAGGGACAAAAAACAGACCGGACGCAUUAAGCCCAUUCUCUUUAUUGCCGAUCAACAGCACCACCAUGAACUACUUGCGCCGGCGUCUGUCUGACAGCAGCUUUGUAGCCAACCUGCCCAAUGGCUACAUGAUGGACUUGCAGAGGCCCUCUGGCUCUAGCGGUUCCAGCAGUUCUACCAGCUCCCCGGCUUCCCCGGCCACGGAGAGGCGUCAGCAGCCGCCUGCAGCAACAGCAGCAGCUGCACCAGCAGCAGCAGCAGCACCAUGUCCGCCUCCUCAACCCGCCUCCACAGGCACGUUUCUCAGCUCUUUCUCCAGCGUGGUGAAGACAGCUCAGAUUGCCAGUGCUGUGCAGGCCAAAGCUGCUGCUCAUGCGGACACAGCAGCUGCAGCAGCGGCUGGUACCGCUCCGGCCAAGCCUGUAGUCCGCAAGCCCAAAGUGCUGUUAGUCAUCGACGACGCACACACAGACUGGGCUAAAUAUUUCCGAGGCAGGAAGCUGAACGGAGAAUAUGAGAUCCGUGUUGAACAGGCUGAGUUUUCAGAGAUCAACGUGGCGUCCACCGUCAGCACCGGCUGCGUGGUUGAUAUGCAGGUCGCUCGAGGCGGCACCAAAGUUGUAAGGUCCUUUAAACCAGAUUUCAUCCUGAUUCGCCAGCACGCCUACAGCAUGACCCCGGGAGAAGACUUCAGAAGCCUCGUGAUUGGUCUGCAGUAUGGAAGUGUGCCAAGUGUGAAUUCCCUGCACUCCAUCUACAACUUCUGCAGCAAACCCUGGGUUUUUUCUCAGAUGAUCAAACUCUACCAUGACUUGGGACCAGAGAAAUUCCCACUGAACGAGCAGACUUUCUUCCCUGACCACACACAGAUGAUGCCCACUCUGACAUUUCCAGUCGUAGUGAAGAUGGGGCACGCCCAUGCAGGCAUGGGAAAGAUAAAGGUGGAGAAUUCAACUGACUUCCAGGACAUAACCAGCGUGGUGGCUCUCGCCAAAACGUACGCAACAGCAGAGCCUUUUGUCGAAUCCAAGUACGACAUCAGGAUCCAGAAAAUUGGCAACAACUACAAAGCAUACAUGAGAACCUCCAUUUCAGGUAACUGGAAGGCAAACACAGGCUCUGCUAUGCUGGAGCAGAUCGCCAUGACAGAUAGGUAUCGUCUGUGGGUGGACUCGUGCGCCGAGAUGUUCGGAGGUUUGGAUAUCUGCGCUGUGAAAGCUGUACAUGGAAAAGACGGCAAGGAUUAUAUCAUAGAGGUGAUGGACAGCUCCAUGCCUCUGAUUGGUGAGCAUGUGGAGGAGGACAAGCAGCUCAUCGCUGAUAUGGUCCUCAGCAAGAUGGCUUUUUCUCUGCUCGGUGUCACCUCUCCUCAGUCCUCCAAUGCAAAGACACAACCUGGUCCUCAGACGACUCAGCCGAGACGAGUUCAAGGAGGUCCCCGGUCAGGCUCUGCCUCAUCGUCUCAACCUGCACAGGGAUCUCCACAGCGUACUCGCUCUGCAAACACCUCUCCCAGUCAAGCCUUCCAGCCAGGCCCAAUCCCAGCAGCCUCCUCUCAGAAACAAGGACCACAGCUCAACAAGUCUCAGUCCCUCACCAACACCUUCACAGAGACGCUGAGAGGAAACCCAGCAGACGACGAGGUCAAAGCUGAGACCAUCCGAAGCCUGCGCCAGUCUUUCGCCAGCCUGUUUUCCGACUAGUACAGUACGCUUACUCACACACACACACCGAAAUCUGCACUUUUGGAUUGAAAGUUGUUGUGAAGGUCAGUAGAGUGGAAGUGAAAUCUCUAGCUUCAUGACCGAAUACGACGUCCAGUAGAUGUCCAUGCCACUAGUUUUGAUUUCUGUGUCAUUCUUUUCAAACCUGCCUUCUCUUUCUUCUUCUUCUUCUUCGCUGAUCUCAGAGUUUCUGAGAUUUAGACUUGCUUUUUAACCUUAAUUUCAUGACUGAGAAGAUCCACAAAGGUUCCAUCAUGAAAAUAACCACAUACAGUAAGGUCUUGCAUAUUUAGUUUAUGGAUCCCGACUUCCAGUCCUGGAGGUUUGAAGUCACAUUUAGCCGAUUCUCCCGAAUUCAACUCACCAGUACAUUUGCAGGUUUAGUCAGUGAGCUACAGCAGGUUAAUCACUAAACCACACUGGACUGUGGAUCUCCAGGACUGGAAUUGUGGGAUUCUUUGUGUAUGAAGGACUUCUUGUGGACUUAUUUACACGGUUAAAUCUUGUGGUGUAACAGUAUGAAAAAAAAAACAAAAAACAAUAUGCUAACAUAACCGUAUAGCUCAACGUAUAGUAUCCCAACAUCACCUUCACAAACAAUUAAAUUCAAAACAAAUUUGAUUUUAAAGAAUUGAUCUAAGUAACAAAUAAUUCCCGUUAAUCCAAAAACUAUUGCUUGGCAAAAAAAAAAAAAGAAACGGUAUCUAUGUUCAAAUAAACAGUAUGUUAUCCCCUUUUUAAAAUGUAGCAUAUUUCUUUUGUUUUGUAAUUUAUUCAUUAAUAAUUUAUUAUUUUCAGUGUAGUGUAGCGUUUACAGUAAAACUCUUAUUGAUCUGUCAUCUUGCGCUAUCAGCGAUCCUUUAUUAUCCUUAAUUAGUGACUGAAUUAGCAAACAGUUAUUAUGAUAUAAUCCCCAUGACACAGUAUGUAUUUUAGGCUAUCAGGCAAUAUUCCACACUGGGUCUUAUUUUAUUUCUAAAAAUGGGUCAGUCUUCCAUUACCAUAUAUCUCUUCCCUUUAUAAGUGACGUAUACUUGACAGUGUAAGUACUGUAAAUACUGUUUUAUGUAUUGGGCAUUUUAUCUCCACACUGGGAAUCUCUGAUCUCGUCCCACCUUCGGGAGAAGGAACUUCACAACAAAUAAAGGAGAAGGAAAUAAUGACGUCUGAGUCCAAUCUGAAAGCCAUCAAAUCACUGACAUACUGAGGCCUUGAUUCACUAAGAUCUCAAAUCCUCACUCGUGUAAGGAAAAGCGGACGUGUGAAACCUAUGGAAAUGAGGUGCUGUGUGGAUUUGAUAGUUCCUUUGUUUAAGAGAACCUCGCCAGGUGUUGAAACUAAACCAGGCGUGUUUGUGCAAUUCAAUUUUAAAGUUGCACCAAAAAAAUACAGUAUGAAUGCAAAAUUAAAGUGUGUCAUGUUCAUAGUGUAAAAGUGAAUGUUUUAAUGCUGUUAGCGUCAGAGGCGUGAACAUGCAGCCGUUUGUAAUAUGACUUUAAGUAAGACAUUUAUUACACUUUGGGAGCUUGAGGCCUGAUCGUAAAAGACCUCAUGAAUAAAAUGUAAUGAAUAGUAGAAUUUUAUUGGACCGCUCCAAAUUGAUGCUGCGUUCAACUAAAGCUCACAACGCAAAUUAAAAAAAAAAAUAAAGAAAUAAAGAAAAUAUUCCCUCAAGUUCCUGCUCGGAAACGUGGGAUGGUUUCUUUCUUCGAACCGUGAGUUAAGUGUAUGAUGUCAUGUUAGUGUGAUGUUCAUCAAUACAGUUUCAAGAAAAAAAAUUUGUUAACAUCACACUAAACUGGUCCAUUCUGAAACUUCCCGUUUCCUAUUUAAAUCAAAUGCAGCAUUAGUGCUCCAUGUUUCACACUUUUAGAGAGAAGAGAUACACACACACACACACACACACACACAUUUACAGACUCACUGAGAUACUCACACACAGACACACACACACAAACACACACUCCCUCAUACACCGACACUCAGAUACUCACAAAUAGAGUCACACACACUCACUCACAUGCACACACACUAACACACACACACACCACAUACACACACGUUUAGUAAAUCGGGGCCUAAGUGUUUGACCACAUUCACUUUUAAGCAAAAUAAAUGUUAACAGUUGAAUAUGCAUCAUAUCGCUCGCUCUCAGUGUUUUGUUCAUUUCUGUAUUGUACACUGAGUAUUUUGUGACCACAAAUUAUUACGUCGCCUGUUCAUAUAAGUAGCUUGAUUUAUUUGAACUUGUGGACCAAAUUAUGCUUUAAAAAAAAAAAAAAUCAAGCUUUGCAGUGAUGCUACAGUCUUUUUUAUUCUUUUGAGAGAAUGCCUGCUGUCAGUGUGAUGUGUUUCCUCUGUCAUUUACACGCACCUUAUGAAGUGCAAUGAAAAGCCAUAAACCAGUAAAGAGGAAGUGUUUCAUGUUUGGUGAUUUUGAACUGUUAUUUGUCCCAUGUUUAUAUUUUAGGUACACAUUCAGUUCUUCUCUAGCUGAUAGAAUAACAGAAGACAUGUCCAUAUGUACAUUAUCUGUGAUAUCUCUCUAUGUCUCCACACACCAGAGUAAUAAUCCUGUAUCCAGAAAGAGUCCAAGCAAUUGAAUGAUCUGUUCACUAUAACUAUGUCGUGCUCUUCUGUGUGGUAUUGUAUUAUUAUUAUUAUUAUUAUUUAAUGAACUAAAGUGUGUAACUAAUCUCUAAACUUGCAACGCAUUUAUAUAUAUAUUUAUUUUUGUGAAUUAAUGAUUAAUUGAUUAUUUAUUAUUUUAUCCUCUGUAUCAAAACUUAAAAGUUGUGUAUUUAUGUAUGUAUGUAUUUAUUUUAAAAUCCUUUUUUUUUUUCAACAGUGCAUUUUGUUUGACCCCGUGUAUAUUAUCUGAACGACGUUCAUUAAGAAGCAUGCCUCGAUUUUUUGCAGUAUUGGACGUUUUUGAGCAUUAAACGGACGAGGUGAUUAGCUUUAAAGUCUGAGGCCUAGCUGUUGUUGAUCUCUCACCUGACCCGCAGUCGCUCAGCUACCUCAUGGCUCCCGUCUCUCGAAAUGCAAACCAUUCAUCGGUUCAGAAUUAUGCAGUAAAAGCUAAAGCUCAGAGAAGGUGUGAAACCCACGACGUAGCUUAGGGGUAGCUUGUUUUUUUUUUUUUUACCUUCCUGUUAGGGUGAUAUUCCUUUAAGUUGAACAGACUUAUGUGGGUCUCAACGCAACACAACACAACAAGUUUUACACUCGCACAGCUUACAGUGAUUUCAGCACCCUUUCACUGCAGUGAGCCGACAACAUCACAAUAUACACACAACAUCACAAUAUACGCACACAAGAGUACAUACACAGAAACAACACACACAACGGUAUAAACACACCCCAAUACACACACACAACAGUACGUAUGCAGAUACAACACACACUCAGAUACAACACAGAAACACCACAAUACACAAACACAACAGUACAUAUGCAGAAACAACACAAACACAACAAUACACACACUACAAUACACACAACAAAGUACAUACGCAGAUACAACACAAACACAACAGUACACACACUACAAUACACACAACAAAGUACAUACGCAGAUACAACACAAACACAACAAUACACACACUACAAUACACACAACAAAGUACUUACGCAGAUACAACACACAUUCAGAAACAACACACACACAAUACACACUCAACAGUACAAACGCAGAAAGAAUACACACACAACAAUACACACACUACAAUACACAAACACAACAGUACAUAUGCAGAUACAGCGCACACAAUACACGCACAACUGUACAUAGGUAGAAACACACACACACACACACAACAAUGUACACACCACAAUAGUACAAAUGCAGAUACAACACACUCAGAAACAACACACACAACAAUAUACACCGAACAGUACACACCCAGAGAUGACACACACUCAGAAACAGAAGAACACAAACACACACACACAUACACAUGUAUAUGGUUGUCAUAUUGCAGUGAAUUAUGCAGUGUCGUGGUUUUCUCUAGCGUAAAUGUGGCAUGAUUAGGAUCCUCUUCCACCCUCUGGUGCCUCUGUAAUGAAUGUUCCUCAUGUAGAUCAGUGUUUCUGAAUGCUUCUGUGUAAAUUGUGUAUCAUUCUACAUGUGUUUUA